GACCACGCUGCUGCCGUCGAGAACAGAACACCGUAAAAAUAAAAAAAAUAAAAACAUUUCUCGCCCGCACGGACGCCCGCACGCGUCUGCGCGAGGAAUUGAAUCCGACAACCAAAGAAUUUGCCGCGCGAGGAGGCCCCGCGGACUCCACGUGAACGUGAUGGCGGUGCAGCGCCACCACCACAACCACCGCCGCUGCUGCUGCUGCUGAGACGAUACCACAGACGAGAAAAGGGAGAGAGAGGCCGGUCUCCUUCUCUGUCUCUCCACUCCUUUCUCCAUUUACAGCUUCUGCAGCAGGAGACGAAGCAGCAGCAGCAGGAGAAGGAGAAGCAGCAUUAGCUGCGAGGCCGGAGGGCAGAGAAGGCGGCUUGGGCUGGGUUUCGGGCGGAGCCGUGGUUUUAACCCAGUCACUUCUUUACUCGCCUCAUCCUCACCGGUCGUCAAGAACAUCAUCAACAUCGUCGCCAUCGCCUCUCGGCGUCUCGAACAAGAGCUCGCGGCUUCGUUGAAGACCUCCUCUGCACCGUCGUCGUCGUCAUCGUCAUCGUCCAUCGUCUCCGCGAACGAGAGAGGAGGGACAGCUGUUGCCGUACCGACGAUGUCGCCUCGAUCCUCAACGUCGGCGGCACGACGUUACUGCCGCCCCCGCCGCCGCUGACAGGAGAUCGAGUCUGAGGCCUGAGCGACGCCUGGAGGUGUUGGUGGUAGACGCUCACUGCGAGCUCACCCUGAGCCUCGCCUUCACUCGGAGCUCUGGACCCCGUGACCUGACCCCCUGACCGCGACCCCCUGACCCCGGCCAGCAUGGAGGUCCCGCCACACGCACGGGGAGAUUCGCCCAGCCGCCGGGACAAAGGAAAGAAGAAAGGAGGAGGAGGUGGUGGUGGAGGAGGUGGAGGAGGAGGUGGUGGUGGUGGUGGAGUACCAGGAGACGAGGGCGACCACAGGAAAUCCAAAUUUCAGAACAUAAAGAAACUCAUGACAGACGAUAUGUCGCUGUUGGACCGUUUCUCCAGCAUCCGGAUCGCGGGCAGCAAGCGAGACCGCCCGGCCGUGCCUUCCUCCCGGCACCAGCCCAGCCUCGGCCACGAGCAACCUCCGCCCUCGCCGAACCCCUUCCAGCCCAGCGUCUUGUCGGAGAAGGAGGUGCUGGCGCUCUUCGAGAAGAUGAUGGAGGACAUGAACCUGAACGAGACUCACAAGGCGCCGCUGCGGCAGAAGGAUCUGGUGAUCAAGCGUGAGAUGGUGAUGCAGUACAUCAACGCUGCAGCGAAGUCUGUCAUGGGCUUAAAGAGCCGGAGCGACCAUGCCCUCACCUCGUCGCAGGAGUACAUCCACGAGCUGCGUGCCGGCAUCCAGGACGAGCGGCUACUCGGCUGCCUCGAGUCUCUGCGCGUCUCGCUCAACAGCAACCCUGUCAGCUGGGUGGAAAAUUUCGGGCACGAAGGCCUUGGACUGCUCCUCGACAUGCUCAACAGCUUGCAGAACUCGCACAAACCUGAGAACAUCACGAGGAAGAACCAGCAUGAGAUCGUGCGGUGCCUCAAGGCCUUCAUGAACAACAAGUAUGGGCUGAUGCGCAUGCUGAGCGAGGAGCAGGGCAUCCUCCUACUGGCGCGUGCCAUCGAGCCCGCGUACCCCCCCAUGAUGGCCGAUGCCGUCAAGCUGCUGUCGGCGCUCUGCAUCCUGGAGGAGGAGAGGACUCACGAGCGGAUCCUUGAGGCGCUGACGCAGUGCGGCGAGCAGGAGAACCGCGAGCGCUUCAGCACCAUCGUCAAGGGCCUGGGCCAGCGGCAGGGCCUGCAGCUCAAGGUCGGCUGCAUGCAGCUCAUCAACGCCCUCCUCACCUCCGUGGACGAGCUCGACUUUCGGUUACACCUGCGCAACGAGUUCAUGCGCUGUGGCCUCGUCGACAUUCUGCAGGAGCUGAGGGACCUGGAGAACGAGGAGCUGGACGUGCAGCUGCGAGUGUUUGAGGAGAACCGCGAGGAUGACUUUGUGGAGCUCUCUCACCGCUACGAGGACAUCCGCUUCGAGCUGGAUGACGUGCAGGAGGUCUUCCAGAUCGUGUCCAACAUUGUGAAGGACACGUUGGCCGAGCCAUACUUCCUGUCCAUCCUCCAGCACCUGCUGCUGAUCAGAAACGACUACUUUGUCAGGCCCCAGUACUACAAGCUCAUCGAGGAAUGCGUCUCGCAAAUCAUCCUGCACCGGAACGGAGUGGACCCCGACUUCCGGCACGGAAAGCGCUUCCAGCUGGAAGUGGAGCACCUCGUCGAUGUGCUGGUGGACAAGGCGAAGGUGGACGAGAGCGAGAGCAAGGCUGCCGAGUUGGCCAAACAGCUCGACGCGGAGCUGAUGGCGCGGCAGGAGGCGCAGGUGACGCUGCAGAGGCGCGAGGCCGACUUCGAGGCGCGCCUGCGAGAGCUGGAGGCCGAGAACCAGCGGCUGCGCCAGCAGCAGGGCCAGGGCAUCCCGGGCGGUCCCAUGCCACCGCCUCCGCCUCCCCUCCCCGGUGGCGCCGUGCCACCCCCGCCACCUUUACCCGGAGGCAUUCCCCCACCUCCUCCCUUGCCUGGCAUGGGAGGGCCUCCUCCUCCUCCUCCGCCGCCGCCUCCACCUGGUUGCGGCCCACCCGGGCCCCCUCCUCCGCCGCCCCCCUUUGGCAGAGCGCCCCCCAUGGGAGGGAUGGCGCCGUCGCCGCCGUCUCUUCCAGGGGCCCAGCUCCCUCACGGCCUGAAGCCCAAGAAGGAGUACAAGCCGGAGGUGGCCAUGAAGAGGGCCAACUGGGCCAAGAUCCGCCCGCAGGAGAUGGGGGAGAGCUGCUUCUGGACGCGCGUGAAGGAGGACAAGUUCGAGAGCCCUGACCUCUUCGCGAAGCUGGCGCUCAGCUUCUCCUCCCAGACGAGGCUGACGGGGAAAGCCUCGGAUGCUAGCUCGCUGGAGGAAGAGCCCACUAAGAAGGAAGAGGACGAGGUGGACGAGAAGAAGUCGCUGGCGCACAAGAAGAAGGUCAAGGAGCUGAAGGUGCUCGACCCCAAGACGGCGCAAAACCUGUCGAUCUUCCUGGGCUCUUUCCGAAUGGACUACCAAGAGAUCAAGAGCAUCAUCCUGUCCGUGGACGAGGAGCGAAUAACAGAGUCCAUGAUCCAGAGUCUGAUUAAUCAGCUGCCCGAACCGGAACAGCUCAGUGCCCUGGCCAGCCUGAAGAACGAGUAUGAGGACUUGUGCGAACCGGAGCAGUUCGGCGUUGUCAUCAGCUCGGUGAAGAGGCUACGGCCACGGCUCAACGCAAUCCUCUUCCGGCUGCAGUUCGACGAGCAGGUUGCCAACCUGAAGCCGGACAUCGUGGCAGUGAGCGCCGCCUGCGAGGAGAUCCGCCGCAGCGACAGCUUCUCCAAGCUGCUGGAGCUCGUGCUGCUCAUGGGGAACUACAUGAACGCCGGCUCGCGCAAUGCGCAGACCUUCGGCUUCCAGAUGGGAUUCCUGUGCAAGCUGAAGGACACCAAGUCCAACGACCAGAAGUUGACUCUGCUGCACUUCCUGGCGCAAAUGUGUGAGGAGAAGCAUCCGGACGUCCUGCGCUUCACCGAGGAGCUCACGCACGUUGAGAAGGCCUCCAAAGUGGCGGCCGAGAACCUGCAGAAGAGCCUCAAGCAGAUGGAGAAGCAGGUGCAGCAGCUGGAGGGAGACCUCAGGGCCUUCUCCACCACCGACGACGACACCGACAAGUUUGUCGAGAAGAUGACCGGCUUUGCGCGCGCCUCGCGCGAGACGUACGACAUGCUGGCGCUCAUGCAUGAGAGCAUGCAAAAGCAGUUCCUCGGCCUGGGGGAGUACUUCGUCUUUGACCCCAAGAAGGUGGCGGCCGAGGAAUUCUUCGGGGACGUUAGCAGCUUCCGCACCAUGUUCCUGCAAGCCGUGAAGGAGAACGUGAAGCGCCGGGAGACGGAGGAGAAAAUGCGGCGAGCCAAGCUGGCCAAGGAGCGCGCCGAGCGCGACAAGCAGGAGAAGCAGCAGCGCAGGAAGCACCUGGCCGACAUCAACCGCGCAGAAGGGGAUGAGACGGGCGUCAUGGACUCGCUGCUCGAAGCCCUGCAGUCGGGCGCGGCCUUCAGGGAGCGCAGGAAACGAACGCCCAGAGCCACAGAGGAGUGUGUGAACCUGCCUGGCCAGGCCCGGCGAUCCAUCGAUAGGUUUGGAACACUCGAGAGCAAGCGUGCCCCGCUGGAACGCUCGCGCUCGCGACACAACGUCACCAUGGCCGCAGCAGCCUCCUCCUCACGACCCCACGCGGCCAAAGAGCUCAACUUCGACGAGCCGGGGAACAACGGCGUCACGGAGGAGCGGAGGAAGGCGCCGGGCGGGCGACCGAGGGGGCACGGCGGAGGCGGUGGCGCGGAGGACAGGGACGCGGAUGCCCUCAUGGCUCGGCUGAGAGCGUUGUGACCGCCGCGUGGCAGCACGCCGCCGUGUAUUUAUACCCAUCUCCGACAUCGUCAUAUAUCGGCCACGGUCAAUCCACUGCUGGAUGAAGGACUCCGCAAUCCUGCCGCCGUCUCUCGCGGUCCUGCGGCGCGACGGUCCGCCGAGCGGCCGCACACGAAACGACCUCGUGACGGUGCGGCCUACGCCGUGGAUCUCCUCUCGGGCCUGUCCCCUCCCUUGACCGUAACCGCUCCCCCAUUAUUAAAUUUGCUACCGCCGCCGCUCUCACCCUGCCACCCACCGCCACCGCCGUUGGUUUUCCAGGCCGAGCACGGCACCACGACGGGCCACGGCGUCGGCGCCCUCCUCCAGCCCGCCGCCACCGCCGCCGCCAAAUCGGCCGUCAGCACUUCUGUUUACGCGCGUGCACCUGCCCAAGCGGAGUGUUUCCGAUCGCUCGGCGUCGUCAAAGCAAGUGUUUUGCGCCGCUGUAAAAAUCAAAACGACUGAUUUUAAACGUCGUCACUUCUGCAUCAGCAAUAAUCACUCGUGUCGCGUGCGAGUCUUACUAAACAAUCAACUUGAACGUGCAGCGAGCGGUUACUACGCGUGGCUAUUUUUUUUUCCCGUCGGAUUUUUGGUGCUUCUAGAAUUCCGCUGUCAAGCGUGUCGGACUCGCCAGCGGGGAACGCGUCACCUCUGCUCCGCCUGCGAUGAGCGAAUCGAAUCCCCGGGGGGUCGUCUUGCCCAAGACAAAAAGCGUGUUCGCCGCAGAGAUGCGCGCGCGCGUUUAACGCUACCUGAAUCGGCCCCUUUCGGGGACGAACCCGACGCAGCCGCGCUUCUUGCGGGAGACCGACCGCUGAAACUGCCUGCAUUUGCGUUUUAUACGUUUGUCUAUAAAUACCCGCGCAGUAUUACACGGAGUAGAGCGCGCGUGCGUGCGUGCGGCCCAGCAAGACGCGCUCGCGCACGACCCACGUGUGUAGCAUCGCCGUUCGUCGCAAACGCCACGGGACAGCCACCGCUAUAGACACGUGUGUACGUUCACUAAUUAUAAUCGUCCUUCACUGGAGGGCCAAUUAACGCACGCGAUCGAACGAUGUGGUGGAUUAGUAUCGGGAUAUAUAAGAUAUAUAAAUAGAAUUUGUUCUUUUUUAAUCGUUCAUUGUUAAGUUUAUUCACUAGGGCUAUAUACCGAGUAUGUGACACGUAGUGAUGCAUAGUUGUAAAUACGUCCUAGACAUGAGUGCCGAUUGUACAGCAGCAGAGGGUGUGCAGAGCAGUGCUGGGGAAAGUCUGGGCCAGCCUCUUUUUCCACUGGCCACAGCCGACCCAGGACGGGGCCGUCACGGUAAGGGGUGGUUUUCCACUGGCUAUUCGCUGCUGAGCCGAGCCGAGCCAAAAUCAAACCGUGAUACGGUGGUUGUCACAAGACAUCUGAAUCUGUCUCUUGAGCCUGACGGGACCAGGAGUGGAAGUUCUCACGCGUUCAGUGUCUGCGACAUCAGCGCCGCCGCGAGGACACGGCGUCGCGCGGCGCCUACGCGCGUCCCCACUCCGGUGCUUGUGACGUCAGCGUGCACGGCUCGGUUUCUGCAGUGGAAAAACGGCCACUGGGGCUUCGCGACCCGCACCGGGCUGCCCGCGGCACGGCUCGGAUGUGCAGUGGAAAAUGUAGGCAAAGAGUUACCUGUGGCUCUGGCAUCGUAAAACGUCACCUGCUGUGAGGCUGCUGGCCAAGAGAAAGGCGGGCGUGUGGUGUACGUGGGGUUGACCUGUCCAGCGAAAUAAGCUCUUGCUGAAAUCCCGAUAAGCUAGCGUCCCUUUUUGCCUGGAAACCGGUUUUGCGACAAACGAAAAUCACGUGUGUGUGCUGAAUGCAGGCUGACGUUUUCCUAAGAGUGUAAAGGGUUACUAUAUUAUUAUUUUAGCUACUGCUAAGUUUUGAGUCGCGGUAUAUUUGGCGCUGACAUGAGCGUGCAGUGGCAUGCGCUUACGCGUGAUGUGAUGGCAUCUGCAAUGUUUAUUUGACAUCAGAUAGCACCUUUUGAUAAUAAUAAUAAUCCUCCACGGACAUUAACGUGUCUGUGCAUAUACUCACAUUCAUGGGCAGAGGCGGGGGAGAUUUUUUGGGGCGGGUUUACAUCGCCAUUUCAGCUGCCUAACCGGGAGAUCGAAUCGAAGCGGCGACCUCUGGGAUUGCAGCUCCUCCCCGGUGUUGCUCGGCAUGACACCACAGCCGCAACCAAUCUCCCUCUCCCAUCGCCUUGACUUGCGAUGCUAUAACAACGUGGGUGGGUGUGUGCGCGCUGCGCUACGAACCCGGCGACCCGAGUUCGAUCCCCGCUCAAGGCCAACACCGGUGACGAUUAUCUGAACCGGUCCUGGGCCUCCCCUAGGUCGAC